GCUGGUAUUUUGUUUAUUUGCCUCCAAGAUUAAUCUCUCGCCUUGGACAUAUUGCUUACGAAUUGAUCGCUAAGGGAGCGGGGCGUCUGAGUUAGUAGCUCUGCCGUUCCGUUCGGUCGGUUUGGCGCUGUUCGCCAGUCACCAGAAGCCGCGCAUAGCCAGCAACUGUGGUCAUUCGUGGACCACCGCUCGUCGUCGCCACCGGUCAUCGUCUUCGUCGUACACCGGGGCCAGUCGCAAACGUUCCGAAAAGCAGAUCUUCCCGCCUAUUUGUCGUUUCUCCUUGAAUGACUGCCAUCCGACGACGAUCACAACCAACGGUCUGAAGUCGAAGAUGAACGCUGCAGCACAGAAGAAGAGCGCUAGUCAGCAACUGCCAUUGCACAAGGUGAUCAUGGUCGGCAGUGGGGGCGUAGGCAAGUCCGCCCUCACCUUGCAGUUCAUGUACGAUGAGUUUGUCGAAGAGUAUGAACCGACUAAGGCAGAUUCGUACCGCAAGAGAGUUAUCCUGGAUGGAGAAGAAUGCCAGAUUGAUAUUUUGGACACUGCCGGUCAGGAAGACUAUUCUGCUAUCAGGUACAUGAUUUAAUU